AUGGAAGACAACACAAUUAAUAUCAUAAGAGAAAGUACUAGAAAUCUAAUAAAACUGAACCGGCAAAUACACAAGAAUGAAGAAAGUGAUUUACGUCGUUGUUUGCAAGAAAAAAGGAUUUCAUGUGAAAAUAUAUCAGAUAUUGCAAAUAGAUUAAAAACAAAGACUGCUAUUUCGGAAAUAGAUCUGCAGAAUUUGAAAAAUGGGUUAAUAGAAGAUUCCCAAUAUAUUGAAAUAGUUUUAAAUGUUCAUGGCGCAUUAAGAGGACUCGUAAGGGAAUUGACAGGCCACAAUAUAAAGAACCAAGUUGCGGCAGCGGGCUGUUGUUGUAAUUUAGCAUUAGGAGAUGUAAAAGCUUGUACUGCUUUAGCCAAAGCCGCUGGCUCAUAUCUUGUAACUGCUUUGGAUAACUUCACUACUGAACUUGCUGUCAUAUGUGCAUGGACUAUCGGUAACUUAGCCGGUUCUGGCGAUAAAGUAUGUGAUAUAUUGGUUUCGCAAGGAGCUAUCUCAAAAUUAAGUAAUUUCCACAAUAAUGAGGAUUUGCAAGAUGCGGCUUUGUAUGCAUUAGUACACUUUGCUUACCAAAUGAAGGACAACUUAAGACAUGAUCAUCUCAACAAAAUGAUUCAAACUUUAACAAAACUGGACAUCUCUACGGCAUCUUUGCAAUUGCUUUUCAUACUUUCAUGUCAUAAUGACUUUAAAGAAAACAUCAAUGAAGAUAUAUUAAAGAAAAUUUUAAACUAUUUACCAACAGCUAUAAAGUCAAUGAACACCCAACAGCCAGAUAAUAAAUUAUUGUUUAUAUCUAGAAUUUUAGCUAACAUGGAUGGAUUUUAUAAUAUUAUUUUAAAAUGUAUAGAUAUAAAUAAUUUAUAUGAAGAAAUAAUAGUUUUGGUAAAUUGUAAUAAUAGUGUAAGCGAGUCUCUAUUGUGGUUGUUGGGAAAUUUGUUGAAUUUUUGUGAUGAUAAAGAGCUUUUGUUUAAAUUGUACAGU